GAGCGCCGCUUUGAGUUCCUACGGCACGAGCGACACGAGUUUAACCCGGACCGCUUUCCGAAGAAUCUAUCCGCUUCAACCUGAAACUGACCAUGAUUUCUCCACUUCCGGUGACAUUAAUGACAGCCAACUGAUUUGUCAGUGAGGGAAAAAACGUUUUCAAGUGAUGUCAAUGUUGGGUAUGUACGUGCCAGACAGAUUCUCCCUGAAAUCGUCAAAGGUCCAGGAUGGAAUCGGUCUUUUCACGGCGAGGCGAGUGAAAAAGGGAGAAAAGUUUGGCCCCUUUGCUGGUGAGAAAAAGCUGCCCAGUGAGUUGGAUGAAAGCUUGGACAACAGGCUGAUGUGGGAGGUUCGUGGCAGUAAAGGAGAUGUGCUGUAUAUUCUGGAUGCAAGUAAUCCCCGCUAUGCCAACUGGCUGCGGUUUGUCCAUCAGGCACCUUCACAGGAGCAGAAGAACUUGGCAGCAAUUCAGGAUGGAGAGAAUAUCUUCUAUCUGGCUGUGGAUGACAUAGAGACGGACACUGAGCUCCUGAUUGGCUACUUGGACAGUGAUAUGGAGGAAGAGGAGGAAGAAGAGGAAGAAAUCAACAUAGAUGAUGAUGAAAAUAGCAAAGAGGCCAAACAUGUUGUAGAAAUGGAACUGGUAAUAAAGAAGGAGGACCACCCCUGUCUGCUGUGUGAGAGCAGUUUUCCCAGUGAGGAGAUCCUGGCUGCCCACCUUCAGAGCCUACACCAGAGACCCAGCACAGAGGAGAAGGAGUUCAAAUGCAGGAACUGUGGCAAAAAGUUCCCCGUCAAGCAAGCUCUGCAGCGCCAUGUUUUGCAUUGUUCUGAGUCACUCGAUCCAUCGGGUGACUCUAAAGCUCACCAGUGUUCCCUUUGCCACAAUACCUUCAGCUCAGAGUCCAGUUUUGAACAGCAUAAAGAGGCGUGUAAAGGAGAUGCCAGGUUCAUAUGUAAAGCAGAGAGCUGCGGAAAAAGAUUUAAAAGCAAAGAUGCUCUGAAGAAACAUAAAGGCAACGUUCACACAGGGAGUGCACGAAGGAAACUUAUGUGCACCAUCUGUAACAGGAAGUGCUCCUCCUCCCUGAACCUUCAGGAACACAGAAAGACUCACUCAGAAGAAAGGCCCUUUCAGUGCGAGGAGUGCAAGGCGCUGUUCCGCACCCCCUUCUCUCUGCAGCGUCACCUACUGAUCCACAACAGUGAGAGGACGUUCAAGUGUGAUCAGUGUGACGCCACCUUUAAGAGGAAGGACACGCUCAACGUCCACAUCCAGGUGGUGCAUGACGGCCACAAGAAGUACAAGUGUGACCUGUGUGAGAAGGCUUUCGUCACUCCUUCAGUCCUCAAGAGCCACAAGAAGACUCACACAGGGGAGAAAGAGAAGAUCUGCCCAUACUGCGGACAGAAAUUUGCCAGCAAUGGUACACUGAGGGUUCACAUCCGCAGCCAUACAGGUGAGCGGCCGUACCAGUGCCCCUACUGUGACAAAGCAUUCAGCAAGAACGACGGCCUGAAGAUGCACAUCCGCACGCACACUCGAGAGAAACCUUACAAGUGCAGCGAGUGCAACAAGGCCUUCAGCCAGAAAAGAGGACUUGACGAGCACAUGAGGACGCACACAGGAGAGAAGCCUUUCCAGUGCGACGUGUGUGACCUGUCGUUCAGCUUGAAGAAAAUGCUCAGCAGACACAAACUGACCCACAACCCCAACAGGCCCAUGGCAGAGUGCCAGCUGUGCCACAAGAAGUUUACCAGGAAUGAUUACCUCAAAGUACACAUGGAGAAUGUCCACGGGGAGACGGAGAGCUAGAGCCAAUUUCAGGAGCACAACUAUGAUUCCAAAAAUAAAGCCCUGUCCUGUGCUUUAUGUACCAGUAAAGUAUGAACAUGCUGCAUGCACAGAUAGCAGAAAUUACAUUAACUGUAACUGCAUGUAGAAUAUGGGACUCAUUAAGUAAAAUAUAAAAAUUGAAACAUAAAUUGUACAUGUAUACUUUUCCCCAACAUCCUGUUUCCUUGUUUUUAAUAUUUAAACAAAUAGAUUCCCAGAUGUUUGAUCUGCCAAUGGAGCCGCUGAGUCUGCUCACAGAAAUGUCUUAAAUUUCACUUUUAUGUUUUUUUUUUUCUGAUUUCAGUGUUACUGAACAUAAAGUCUCGACCUGACUUUAUUUUCCGUUGUCUGAAAAUGUCAGUGUACUUCUGUGGCUGGUGCCAAAUGUUGAAGCAAAACCAAAAAGCCCUUUAAAAUGUUUUUGUUACUUUUACUUGUAUUCAUUCAGUAUGUUUUUGUUAAACAUUACACCUGUUUCCAGGAAACUUCAGACAUCCUUAGAUGCAUUAAAUUAUUUUUAGGUAGAUAUUAUUUAUGCUAUGUGACCAUGUUGUUUAUGUGUAGAUGGAAGAUUGCAGAUCUGAAAACAAUAACCAGUUAUAUAAUCAGAAACAGGUCAUGGUUUUUAGUUAAUGUUUACAAAACUGUCAGAAAGUAUUAACAUUCAGUCAUCUGUGUUUUUGGUGGCAGCUUUUUCUGGAUCUGCUUAAAGGUGGUUUGAUUCAA